CAGAAGCGGAAGCAGAAGCGGAAGUGGCGGCGGGAGGGAUGGAGGAACCGGAGAUGCAGCUGAAGGUGAAGAAAGUCACAGAUAAAUUCACAGAGAGCCUGUACGUGCUGGCCAACGAGCCCUCGGUGGCGCUGUUCCGGCUGCAGGAGCACGUGCGCCGCUCCCUGCCCGAGCUGGCCCAGCACAAGUCAGACAUGCAGAGCUGGGAGGAGCAGAGCCAGGGAGCCAUUUACACCGUGGAGUAUGCCUGCAGUGCCAUCAAGAACAUGACUGACAGCAGUGUUUACUUCAAGAGCAUUGACAACCUCCUGAAAAAUUCCAUAGCCAUGAAGGAGCAGCUCAAUUCCAGCCAGGGCAGAAGCACCAUCACUCCCCAACCCAAGAAUCCUCCAGGAACUUCCUGAUUUUCCAUCCUGAAUUUCCCAACCUCAGGAAAAAAUG